CUUUAAAUUCGGCUUCCAAAUUACAAACAGGACUAUAAACACGGGGGCAUCGGACGAGUGUAUUUAUUUUUAAUAUAUAUUUUUACUUAUUUAAGUAAAUAAAACAACGUCAGUGCAAUGGCCAAGCUCUUUGUUGCGUUUGCUGUGUUGGGAAUGAUGCUGGUGAUAAACACCCAAAGCGUUGCCGCUAUAGAAUGCUACGUAUGUACUCUCACUGGAUGUGGGGAUGAAUUCGAUGCAUCAGCGUCAGGCGUGACAAAAACUACCGGGUGUGCAUCUUGCACCAAAGGAAAAGUCCAAGAUGUCGUAACUAGGGGCUGCUCGCAAUUAUCAGCAUCUGAUAAUUGUGAAAAAGCCGAUGUGGCUGGUCAAGAAGUUGUGUCCUGCACCUGCACUGGAGAACUAUGCAACUCCGCCACAACGAUGAGAAUUGCCCUUCCCUUCACUGUUGCAGUUCUUCUUUUUCAUCUGAUAACAAAAUACUUCUAAGUGCUGUCAAUUUUUCGUUGUUGUUUUUAAAGACACACAUGAUUCCAAUAAACUUUAGAUAUUUCUAACUUGUUUCACAGACGAUAUUGUUUCCCGCAAGAGGGAACGUUUUUUUCUCCAUUACAGUGGUUUUACUUAAUUGUUGAUGGUUGUUGUUUUUAUUUUUUCUGUCAAUUUUAUGGCAGUGGAUCAAAUUCUCACGACACUAUUCUAACUUUAGUUCAGAUUUUUAGAGCGAAUACACAACUGAGCUUUGUUUAAUUUUAUGUAAAAACAACUUGCAUAUGAAGUAUAUCUAAAUAUAAACAUGUACCAAUAUCUAUUUUUAUUAGAAAGUGAAAUCUGAUACUAUUGCUCACAUUUCUUUGAAUAAAUUGCGUCUAAUCUUU